GUACGCCAGAAAGUUCAAAAUAGGGAUUACGUGGCAAACAAAACGAAGAAAGUAGCUUGGUUCGUAUCGAACUGUGGAGCUCGUAAUAAUAGAUUAGCCUAUGCUAGAGAGCUUGCCAAAUACAUUCCAGUGGACAUUUAUGGUACUUGUGGUCCUUUGAAAGUAAGUCGGAGCAGUUUGUACUUGCGGAAAUUUUCUAUUCAUAUCUACAUAUUCAUUUUCAAGUAACAUAAAAUGUUAUGAGUUCGACAUUUCUCAAUGUUAUUCUUCAACUGACUUUUUUCUAAAUCAAAAUUAUAUUGGUGAAAACUAUUUUAUAAUUCAAUCAAUAUUGAAGCUGAUAUCUGACAAAGAAUAUUCCUAGCAAUAUGAAGAUUUAGUAAUAUAGAAUCAGAAGUUUUGAAUAUUUCUACCCAUUUUCAAAUGGAUCUAGAUUAAAUAAGUGUGUGUGUUAUUCAGCUAGAUUUUCGAAAUUAAUUUGAUAUAGAGAAGAACAAAAUGUUAUGAAGUAUUUUUCAGAAAACACGAAUCACAGUAUUUUUUUGUAUGUGGUUCGAAACUAUCUAUCAGAUAGGAAUUGAUUUAUUACUACAAGCCGAUAAUUGAGCUUCUAGAAAUAGUGUGUUACAGUCUAAGUGGAUGUUAGAUCUGAAGAAAGCAUUUGAUACUGUGGACUAUGAAAUUCUUCUGAAAAUAAUGCAUAAUAUAAGUAUCAGAGGUUUAUUUUAUAAUUGGUUUCAAAAUUAUUCAAUGAA